AUGAUUACCAAUGAAGGAUCCCUCCUCAAACGAGCAAUCGAAAUUUCAGAACUUCGCGAGAUCUGGAGAAAUUCCAAAGUAGCCACGAACUCGAUGCAUCUCACUCCGACAAUCGAUCCGCGAACCUUAACUUCGAACUGCGAGAUCGCAACACCAAGCUUACAACCCGAAACGUUGUCCUACCCGACCCCUAAGUCGCCCCUCAGCCCUAGUUCAGAAGAUGAUGAUUUGGACCCUGGCAUUUAUGCAUCGUAUACGAAGCCCGAAGAUUUCCACGCUUCGGUUGGGUCGGUGGCCACGUCUUCAGACGAGGCCCAGGCCAUUCAUAAUUCCAAACCGGAACACUUAAAUCACAUGGGGGGUGUUCCGCCUUAUUUCGCGACCGUCAGAAUGGAUGCGCCUGAUAUAUAG